GUGGGAGGAGCGGGAGAGAUAUAUGGAUCUCGUUAACGGAUUCUUGUCUACAUAAUCCAUCUAUAUAUCCGCUUUCGUUUCCGCUUUCGUUUCAUGCUGGGCCGCAAAAAUGACUCCUCCCCAAGUGACCAAUGUGGACACUGAAGUCGGACCAUGCAGUCCCGUCUCUGAGCAAAGUCCUGGGCCCGCCGGUGCAAGAUAUCAACCUCGAAAGGAAGGCAGAGAGCGGCGUUGAGUGGUAUGCUCCGACUAUGAGAGACUUGCUAACUGCCCAACUUUUCGUUGACGAUUCAUCAGUCAAUCAAAAAAUUCUAGGUUGGGAUAGACGAAAGACCGUCCGCCAUACCGUAGUACGGAAUAUAAACUUUUAUGAUAGUUAUUACUUCGGCGACAAAAGAGGUCGUACCGAUGGAAGAGUCGAUCGUACUAGCAAAGGGGUAAUCUACCUUGCUCUACGAGACAUUUGCAGUGUCUGCACUCAAUAGACCAUCAUCUCCAGCUCAGAACUGAAUUUUGACAGUUGUUCGAAUAUGCAAAGGCAUAAAAGAAAAGACCA